UGAGAGGCAACUUGGCAAGGUACUGCUACAUACUUUGAUCACGGCAGUGGCGACCUCAAAUUUCAACUUGAAGGAAGCUGGGCCGGCAACUGUGAAACUAUCAGGCCAAAUCCACGAAGGGAAGAGAAACGACUAGUCAGCGAAGACUGACGCGAAUAUCGAUAUGACCUGAUUUCAGUAUUUAAUCUAUUGAUCAGAGGGAACCGACUCGGUGACGAUAAGUAUAAGGCGGCAAAAUAGCCCAUCCAUCAUUUCUAGAUCCUUCCAACCCUUGUGUGAUAUGGACACCACAGAACCUCAAAUAAUCAGUGACAAUGCUGACACGACCCAUCAGCCCGACCAUCUAUACAACGGAAGGCGAGCUUCUCUACCUCUCGACAUCAUAGUCAUAGGAUGCGGUCUGGGAGGUCUCGCUGCUGCAUACUGCCUCGCACAAGCAGGUCACAAAGUUACCAUCCUUGAAGCAGCGUUCGCCAUCAGUGACGUGGGCGCUGGCAUUCAAGCCAGCCCUAACGUCUCGCGCCUCUUGAAGCGUUGGGGUCUCGGCCCACAUCUCGAAGAGCUUGGUGUCAAACCACACAAUUUGAGCAUUAGACGAUGGAAGAAUGAUGAGGUCGUGGGAUUCACGCCAUUUGGGGAGACGUUCGUGAAGGAAUACGGUUCCCCUUAUUACCACGUACAUCGAGCCGAUUUUCACCGUAUGCUCUAUGUGGCGGUUGAACCAUACUGUAACAUACGUGUAGGUUGUCGUGUUGUAUCCGUGGACCCGUCAAAACCUAGUGUGACGCUUGCAUCUGGGGAGAUUGUAUCUGCUGACGUACUCAUUGGCGCUGACGGAGUCAAAAGUAUUACUCGGCAGUAUGUCGUCGGCGGGCCCGAUGCACCCAUGGCUACUGGAGACUCUGCUUACAGAGCCCUCAUCCCGACCGAGAAACUUCUGCAGGAUGAUGACCUGAAAUCACUGGUGGAGAAGACGGAAUCAAUCAUUUGGAUGGGCCCUAAAGGUCAUAUCGUCGGCUAUAAUAUUCGUGCCAAGAAAGAAUACAACCUCGUCAUGAUGCACCCUGAUGAAACCGAAGGGGGUGUGGAAUCGUGGACUGAGGGAGGUAAUGUGGAACGAAUGAGAGAGUGCUACAAAGGGUGGAACAUUGUUAUUCAAAAGCUUCUAGCGCUCAUUCCGACAACGCUCGAUUGGAAGUUGAUGGUCCGAGACCCACUGCCUUCGUGGGUUCACAAGGAUGGCAAGUUGGCCUUGUUGGGCGACUCAUGCCACCCAAUGCUGCCUUACCGUGCACAAGGGUCGGCCAUGGCGAUUGAAGACGCUGCCGUCCUAGGCAACCUAUUCUCGCACUGCUCGGAUCGCUCGCAGAUUACGCCGCUGCUCUAUGCUUACCAGUCUAUCCGGUACGAACGUGCCACUGCGACACAGGUGUCCUCAAAUCUAAACCGGUACAUUUUCCACCACCCCGACGGGCCAGAGCAAGAAGAGCGCGAUAACCAAAUGCGUGCGGCAAUGGAGGACGCUUUGCGCGUGGCGCGCGGUGAGAAGAGCACGCUUGUGCUAGAGGGCAAUGCGAAUCAGUGGGCUGAUAAGACGAAGAGUGACAUCCAAUAUGGAUACGACGCGGAUGAGGACACGGAAAAGUGGUGGCUUGCGAACGGCGAUAAGCUGAUGAGCUUCGUCCCUAGUGUAUCCGAAGCGGUGAAUUAAAUUUGUGGCAGCACGAAGUUCUGUAACUUGUACUAGAAGUUGUGAAUGUGAUCCUAGCAGUUAAGAUAAUGUAGUACAUACUCGUGUGAAACAAGUACCUUUUGUGAUCCUGGCAUUGAUU